AUGCCCCGCCGCAGCCCGCGCGCGAGCCUCGGGCCGCCGUCGCCGCUGCCGCUGCUGCCGCUGCUGCUGCUGCUGUCGCCGCCCGCGGCCGCCCGGGAGCCCCGGUGCCCCGCAGGCGUGCACUGCGCAACUGCAUACUGGAGUCCGUCUGAGAAGACCGUAGAGGUGAAAAACGUUCUGGACAAGAGUGGAGAUGCCUACGGCUUCUACAACAACUCCAUGAACAGCACGGGCUGGGGCGUUCUGGAGAUCAGGGCCGGGUACGGCUCGCAGGCCCUGAGCAACGAGGUCAUCAUGUUUGUGGCCGGCUUCCUAGAGGGCUACCUCACUGCCCCACACAUGUAUGACCACUUCACCAACCUCUACCCGCAGCUGAUCAAGAAACCCUCCGUUAUGGAUAAAGUGCGGGACUUUAUGAAAAAGCAAGAUCACUGGACUCGUAAAAACAUCAAAGAAAACAGGAACGACCCGUUCUGGAGACACACCGGCUACGUCAUGGCGCAGGCGGACGGGCUUCACGUGGGAGCGCUGAAGAGGGCGGCGGCGGCGAAGACCAAGCCCAUGAGUAUGUUCCAGAUUCAGUUCCUGAAUGCCGUUGGAGACCUGCUGGAUCUCAUUCCUGCCUUAACGUCCACAGAGGAUACCAGCAUGAAGGUGUUUAAGAGAUGGGACAUGGGACACUGCUCUGCUCUUAUUAAGGUUCUCCCUGGGUUCGAGAACAUCUUAUUCUCUCACUCAAGCUGGUACACAUACGCAGCCAUGCUCAGGAUAUAUAAACACUGGGACUUCAACAUCAAGGACAAAGACACCAGCAGCAGUCGGCUCUCUUUUAGCAGCUAUCCAGGGUUUUUGGAAUCUCUGGAUGACUUUUACAUUCUCAGCAGUGGUUUGAUAUUGUUGCAGACCACAAACAGUGUGUAUAAUAAGACCCUACUGAAGCUUGUGAUUCCUCAGACUCUCCUGGCCUGGCAGAGAGUCCGUGUGGCCAAUAUGAUGGCCAGUGGAGGCAAAGAGUGGGCGGAGAUCUUUUCCAAGUACAAUUCUGGCACCUACAACAACCAGUACAUGGUCCUGGACUUGAAGAAGGUGAAGCUGAGACGCAGCCUGGACAAAGGCACUCUGUACGUUGUGGAGCAAAUCCCUACAUAUGUGGAAUAUUCUGAGCAAACUGAUGUUCUACGGAAAGGAUACUGGCCGUCCUACAAUGUUCCUUUCCAUGAAAAGAUCUACAAUUGGAGCGGCUACCCACUGCUGGUUCAAAGGCUGGGUUUGGACUAUUCCUAUGAUCUAGCUCCACGGGCCAAAAUCUUCAGGCGUGACCAAGGAAAAGUUACUGAUAUGGCUUCCAUGAAAUAUAUCAUGCGGUACAACAAUUAUAAGACGGACCCUUACAGUAAAGGUGACCCCUGCAGUACCAUCUGCUGCCGUGAGGACCUGAACUCACAGAACCCAAGCCCUGGAGGUUGUUAUGAUACAAAGGUGGCAGACAUGUAUCUCGCAGCUCAGUACACCGCCUAUGCCAUCAGUGGUCCCACCAUUCAGGGAGGCCUCCCUGUCUUCCGCUGGAGCCGGUUCAACCAAACCCUCCAUCAGGGCAUGCCAGAAGCCUACGACUUUGACUUUAUUAUCAUGAAACCAGUUCUGAGCCGUGCCAUCCAAUGAAGGAGCAAGAUGAGGCAUGAAAGCUGGAAACAAGAUACCAAAGAAAGCACUCUGUCAGCUGUUUUCCCCAUCAGUACUCUUAAUAAAAUACAUUAAGUUCA